AUGCACGUGGUAGUGAUUGGAGCGGGCGUCAUCGGGCUGUCCACCGCCCUCUGCAUCCAUGAGCGCUACCACUCGGUCCUGCGGUCUCUGGAUGUGAAGGUCUACGCAGAACGCUUCACCCCGCUCACCAACACUGAUGUGGCUGCCGGCCUCUGGCAGCCCUACCUCUCCGAGCCCAGCAACCCACAGGAGGCGCACUGGAACCAGCAGACCUUCAACUAUCUCCUGAGCCACAUCGGUUCUCCCAACACUGCAGACAUGGGCCUCGCCCCAGUCUCAGGCUACAACCUCUUCCGUGAAGCCGUUCCGGACCCUUACUGGAAGGAUGUAGUUCUGGGUUUUCGGCAGCUGACUCCGAGAGAGCUGGACAUGUUUCCCGAUUACAGCUAUGGCUGGUUCAACACAAGCCUGAUUCUGGAGGGAAGGAAGUAUCUGCAGUGGCUGACUGAAAGGUUAACUGAGAGAGGAGUGAAAUUCCUGCUAAGGAAGGUGGAGUCUUUUGAGGAGGUGGCAAGAGGAGGCGCUGAUGUGAUUAUCAACUGCACUGGGGUAUGGGCUGGGGCUUUGCAACCAGAUCCCCUGCUGCAGCCAGGCCGGGGGCAGAUCAUUAAGGUGGAUGCCCCAUGGAUGAAGCACUUCAUCAUCACCCAUGACCCAGAGAGAGGCAUCUAUAAGUCCCCGUACAUCAUCCCCGGGAUCCAGGCAGUGACUCUUGGAGGCAUCUUCCAGCUGGGGAACUGGAGUGAGACAAACAAUAUCCAGGACCACAACACCAUUUGGGAAGGCUGCUGCAGACUGGAGCCCACACUGAAGGAUGCAAAAAUUGUUAGUGAAUGCACUGGCUUCCGGCCCGUACGCCCCCAGGUUCGACUAGAAAGAGAACAGCUUCAUGUUGGAUCUUCAAACACAGAGGUCAUCCACAACUAUGGCCACGGAGGCUAUGGGCUCACCAUCCACUGGGGCUGUGCCCUGGAGGUGGCCAAGAUGUUUGGGAAAAUCCUGGAAGAAAGGAAUUUGCUCAGGAUGCCACCAUCCCACCUCUGA